AUGGCACGGUUUGCUUACGAAUGUAAUGAUGAUAUAAAAUUAAAUGAUACAAAUUAUGAAUCAAACAUACGAACAUACAUGUGUCCAGCUGAAAAAUCUUAUUGUCUUUAUUGCUGUUGCAAUCCACAAGACGUCCUCCGAAACAUUUUUGGGAAGCUUGGUACUUCUGGCUUGAUUAGCACUUACAUAGUCAGUAAUUGUCGUUAUGGUUUUAAUUUAAGGACAACUAGUAAUAAUUUACAAGUACCUUCAUUAAGUGGUACUAGAAUUAAUGAUGAAUUAAAUGAAAUAUCAAUUCAUGUUAUACCGACAACGGAUAUUCUAUUGUCAACGUCUCAUAUAAAAAUGCAAUUGGCCGCUCCACAGCCAAAUGCUAUCCACAUGAGUAAGUCUUUCAAUUGCGGUAAAAAAAAUGUUUAA